CUUUUUUUUUCUUUUUUCUUUUUUUACUUAAAAACUUGUAAUGUCAACAACAAACACAUGGGAAUCAAGUUUGACGCCAACAGAAGUGACUACUUAUAAACAACUAUUUAAAGCAGCUGCUUUAACUCAACCAAAUAUGGUUACUGGUUUAGAAGCAGUUCAGUUCUUUGCAAGGUCAGAACUACCGAAUACGGUAUUAUCUGAAAUUUGGGAGACUGCAGACGAACAAAAUCUUGGUUAUCUUACACCGGAUACAUUUGCUGUUGCACUAAAACUAAUAGCCUGUGCACAAAAUCAUAUCAAACCAAAGAGUCCAUUACUAUCUACACCGACUCCAUUGCCAAGAAUUAAGGGUAUUCAAUUAACACCAGAGUCUGAUCAUGCAUUAAUAACUCCGGCCGAGCGAAUGAAAUACCAGUCUAUUUACAAAGCACAGCACCCCACAGAUUUUGGAAUUCAAGCAGAAGCAGCUAAAAAUCUGUUUUUAAAGUCAAAACUGCCCAAUGAUCAAUUAGCUCAAAUAUGGAAUUUGGCUGAUAUCCGUCGCUGUGGUUAUUUGAAUGAGUCAGAAUUUAUUAUCGCCAUGCAUUAUAUCGCCAAAUUGAUGGAUAAGUCAAUGAUAGAAUUACCAGCAGUGCUACCCCAAAGUGUUUAUUUAUCAGCACUCGGCCAACAGUCUGUAUCCUCACCCUCAAGUCAAAGAGCGGGUUCGAUGUCCAGUACAAUAUCCAACGUAGAUCUGCUUGUCUCCUCACAGGAUAAAGCACGCUAUGAAUCAUACUUUAAUAAGCUCGAUAGACAAGGACGAGGUAUCAUUCAGCGACCAGAUGCUUUUGAAUUUUUUAAACGAUCAAAGUUACCAGAUACAGAACUCGUUCAUAUCUGGAACAUGGUAGACAAAGACGGCAAACAGACCUUAAAUUCAACUCAAUUUGCUGCAGCCAUGCAUCUGAUUCACUCCAAGCUUUCAGGACAAUCUAUCAUGUCUCCUACCAUAUCACCACCUGUCAUGACAGCCUCACCUCAAAUGAUAUCACAAGCAAUUCCUGUCAAAGAAGAAGAAGAUCUGCUUGGAGAAGAUAAUCAAGAACUGGCAGAGGAAACCAAUAAGGUCAACUUACUUCAGAAUCAGAUCGAAACAACAAAAAAGGCAACACGUGAUCUACAGGCGCAAAGGAGCCGAAUUGAGCAAUCACUGUCUGCAUUAAAAGAGAAAAAUACAGAUUUGAGACAUCAGCAAGAGGAGCUUCAGUCAAAGAACGAAUCUGAGUCAAUGCAACUGCAGCAACUCAAAGAAACAUUGAGCCAUGAAUCACCUACUUGGGAAAGAGUCAAGGCAGAGUUCGAAUCGGCUGAAAAAGAUCUAGAAUUGCUCAAAAAGCAAAAGGAUGAGGUGCAGAAUGAGUUGAAGCAGGGACAAAAUGAAAAUGAGAGGCUUCGUCGAUCGGUUCACAAUAUACAAAUGGAGACGCUGAGAUUUACAAAGCAGUUGGAUGAGUUGCAAGAAAAACAUAAGAGAAAGCAGGAGCGAGCAGCAGCUAAAAAGGCAGCUCUUGAAAAAGCAGAAGCUGAGCGAAUUGCAGCUGAGCAAAAGAGGAAACGAGAAGAAGAGGAGCGUCAAAGAAUUGAAAAACAAGAAGAAGAGGAGCGUCAAAGAGCUGAGAGAGAGAGGCAAGAAGAAGAGGAGCGUCAAAGAGUUGAAAAACAAAAAGAAGAGGAACGCCAAAGAAUUGAAAAACAGAAAGAAGAAGAACGUCAAAGGGAAGAAAAAAAGAGGCAAUCACAAUCAGGACCUGAAGAGGAUGGCGGACAUAUGGAAAAGGAACGCCAGAUGACAGAUGAAAGACGCCCAAGUCAGGAACAAGGGUUGUCUCGAUCAGAUCAUGAAAAAGAGCCCGAAAUUGUGGGUCAGACAGAGGAGAUCGCCAGACCCGUGUCUGAAUCUAUUAAGGACGAUAUACCACAUGAACAACCAUCCACAAAAUCAGAAUUAACUCAAGAUCAGACAGAAUUAGAAAACUCUUUGCCACAGGGGUCAAAAGGAGAAGAAAUUACUGAAAACAGCAUAAGCAACUUAGAACAAAUAGUUCCUGAUAAAGACAAUAAAGAACAGGAGAUCCAACAAGCACAAUUGGCUCAAUACACUGACAAAAGCAAACCAAAAGAAAAUGAAGAAAUUAAGGAUGCGGCAAAAGAUGACGCAACAGAUAGGAUUACCCCCAUUGAAGCAGAAGCAGCUAUUAUAGCACCGGAAAGAAAUGAGCAAGAUGAUAAGGAAGAACAGAUGACACAUGAUCGAGAUGAGCCCAUUAUUAAACCACAUAACGAAGAUAAUGAAACAGGAAAAACACUUGGUAUGAACCCUUUUAAGGAAUCGGGAAUUAGCCAAGAUAGUAACGUGUCCGUUGGACAUACUAGACAGCCAGACUAUCUAGCCGAUACAGAAGGUGAAGCAACGGAUUCUGCUGACGAUUUUUAUGAUGCAGUAGAAAACGGUGACUCUAAUCUGAUCAAAAGUGCGUUAACCUCUCGUAAGCAAGACACACGGACAUCAUCAGCUGACGAAAGUGAGUUUGUUAUGAUAGACCAUCCUGAUAACAAUGGACCAUCAGUUCGCUCAAAGGAAAUGACAAAGAGACCUGAAGCGCUUGAAUCAACCAAGUCAAGUGAGUUGCUUGGAAGGAUAGAACGUAAAGAAGGAGAGAAGAGAUCUAAGAAUAAAGAAGAAGAGGAAGAACCCGUCAUGAUCAGUUCAUUGUCCGAAUCUGAUGGUUCUGACACAAACGCACGUACUGUGGCCCCUUUUGAACAAUUAAAUCAAACCAACGACAUCAUGAAACAAUCUAGCUCGAAGGCGAACCAAUCUCCUGAGUCAUCAAUGUUUGACGUUACUAAAUAUGAUCAGACAGUGUCAACAGCACCCUUAAUUGAUUCAAAUGAAUUUGAUUCUAUUUUUGGAAACAAGCAGAACGGCCCAAACUCUAAUCAUGACAACUUUGAUGAUAGUUUCUUGAAAGGGGACACAGUACGAGAUAAUCUUAAUGAAAACGAUAAUCAUCCAACUUCGCUCGCAUCAGAUAAGCUUAACACUCAACUACCAAUGUUGGAAGACAUUCCAGAGACAAAAGAGAAUGCUCCAGAACAAACCAAGUCUGAUAUAGACUUGUCACAAGUGCACGAGCACGCUGGAUUCUUGCAUAAUAAUAGUACAGAAACUAAUCCAGGAGAACAUGGCAGGGGAUGGGAUGAGACUCCUCCAAAGGAGACUGUACCCGAAAUCGAUAAUAGUAAUAAAAAGAAAAAGAAAAAGGGCAUCAUGAAGUGGGCCAAGACAUUAGGAGGAUUUGACGGUGAGAAUAAGAAAAAGAAAAAGAAGAAGGCUGAUAAAGAGGCACAGCAACAGAAUAAGAAUAGUAGUAGUAGUACGAAUACUCAAGGGAUAAUAACACAGACAUCACCAAGUGAACACAAACAACCCACAUUUAUGCAACAUGCGGCACCCUCCAUAACUCCUUCAACUGCAAGUAAUAAUUAUGAUAAUGUUAAUGCAUACAACUUGGACACCAUUCAAGGUAGUCGUAUUGCAGAAUUAGUCAACAUGGGAUUUGAUCCAACUGCUGCCAAAGAAGCACUAGAUAGAUACGACCAAGAUUUAGAAAAGGCUACAAACUAUUUGUUAGAUCAAUCCUAAUGAAUAAAUGACCAAAAAAAAAUCCAGAUAUUUAUUCUAAGAACGUCACUUCUUUUUUAGUCUUUAUUACUGUGUAAAAGCCAUCACGUAACACGCUACUGUAUUAAAGGGGAUUAAAAGAGACGAUCAAAAGAAAGAAAGAGGAGGGGAGGCGGAAUGAUAACAAUAGA